AUGGCAUACUUUGCGGUCUGUUCUCAUCCGCCUAUCACCUUGAUCCAGAGGGCCAUUCCAGACGAGACCAUUCCAGACGAGACCAUUCCAGACGAGACCAUUCCAAACGAGACCAUUUCAGACGAGACCAUUCCAGACGAGACCAUUCCAAACGAGACCAUUCCAGACGAGACCAUUCCAGACGAGACCAUUCCAGACGAGAUCAUUCCAGACGAGACCAUUCCAGACGAGACCAUUCCAGACGAGACCAUUCCAGACGAGACCAUUCCAGACGAGACCAUUCCAGACGAGACCAUUCCAAACGAGACCAUUCCAGACGAGACCAUUCCAGACGAGACCAUUCCAGACGAGACCAUUCCAAACGAGACCAUUCCAGACGAGACCAUUCCAAACGAGACCAUUCCAGACGAGACCAUUCCAGACGAGACCAUUCCAGACGAGACCAUUCCAAACGAGACCAUUCCAGACGAGACCAUUCCAGACGAGACCAUUCCAGACGAGACCAUUCCAGACGAGACCAUUCCAAACGAGACCAUUCCAGACGAGACCAUUCCAGACGAGACCAUUCCAGACGAGACCAUUCCAAACGAGACCAUUCCAGACGAGACCAUUCCAAACGAGACCAUUCCAGACGAGACCAUUCCAAACGAGACCAUUCCAGAUGAGACCAUUCCAGACGAGACCAUUCCAGACGAGAUCAUUCCAGACGAGACCAUUCCAGACGAGACCAUUCCAGACGAGACCAUUCCAGACGAGACCAUUCCAGACGAGACCAUCCCAGACGAGAUCAUUCCAGACGAGACCAUUCCAGACGAGACCAUUCCAGACGAGACCAUUCCAGACGAGAUCAUUCCAGACGAGACCAUUCCAGACGAGACCAUUCCAGACGAGACCAUUCCAAACGAGACCAUUCCAGACGAGACCAUUCCAAACGAGACCAUUCCAGACGAGACCAUUCCAGACGAGACCAUUCCAAACGAGAACAUUCCAAACGAGACCAUUCCAGACGAGACCAUUCCUAACGAGACCAUUCCAGACGAGACCAUUCCAGACGAGACCAUUCCAAACGAGACCAUUCCAGACGAGACCAUUCCAAACGAGACCAUUCCAAACGAGACCAUUCCAGACGAGACCAUUCCAAACGAGACCAUUCGUUAUAGAAGGCCUGAACACUGA